AUGGAACAAGUGAUAAACCACUGCCAUAUUCCAGACUUGGUACAUGCAUUCUCCGCAGAAAAUGUGUCUGACGGAACUCCUACUCAUAUACAAAUAAGAAAAAAGUCGACCAGGAGACGUGGACAGUUAGUACUCAUGGAAAUGCUACAGCCUGUUGGAAAAAUUUACCUACACACUCAACAAACAUUCAACAACAAUGUUGUGAAUGAUGCUACUGAUCACUUGUUGUUCAGUACUGCCACAGGAGGAAUAUCCAAAAAUAUAGUCGACCUACAAAACGUUGUUAAAGAAUCUGCUUGGAAAAGGUAUAGCAAUAGUAGACAAAAGGAUUUUCCAACGGCAGUAAAAAAGGUUCGAUUAGAUUUUGAUUGGACAGGUGUAAAAUUCAUUCCAACGAAACCUAAAUAUUCAGAUCACGGAACAGUUCAAUAUGAAUCAAAUAUUCUAUUUGAAUCAGUAUUCAAAAAUAAUAGCAAUCAAGAGCAACACCAUUCCUUGAAAACUGAACAACAGACCACAGGAACAUGCAAGAGUUCAAUAACAAAAGGUUAUACAACUGGCUUUAAUGUUGGCCUGACACUGUCUGCACCUGCCGAUAUAGUGGGGACAACAGCUGGUUUUUCUAAAGGUUUCUCAGUUGAAAAUACGUUGGCAAAUGAAGAUCAAAGAACUAUGACUUGGUCGGCAGAAGGUGUGUUGUUAGUCGAAAAGCAAUCUAUGCUUACUGCAAAACUCCAAAUAACAGAAAAGCAAAGCUCUUAUACUUUUACAACUAAUGUUGCAGUAAAAGGAGAAGUUAUAGUUACGUUCUAUGAGAGAAAGAACAACAGAUAUCUGAUGGAAUACAGAGCACCAAUUAGAACAAUUCUAGUUCAAAAGAAAGAUAAGUUUAAGGAUGAAAAAGGAAAAAUAUUUGUAGAAGACAUUGAUGGAACAGCUUAUGUAAAAGUUGAAGGGGAAUGUAUUUUCAAAUAUGGUAUCAAACAAGAAAUUAUUAUAAACCAGAACAGUAAUAAAGAACAAAAUGUUUUGUCCUGA